UCGCAAGGGCGGGGGCGACCCGGGAGGAAGAUGCGGGACGAUGCGGCCGCCGGGUCGCGGCUACUCCGCGCGCUUCGGACCCCGGGAACCGGCGCCCCGGGGCGGCACGCGAGGCUGGCGGCCAUCGGAGCCCGGGCCCCGUCGCCGCUGCUGCUGCUGCUGCCGGGACUGAUGAUGCUGCACGCCGCGGCAGAGAGUCCCUGGGGGCUGCCUGUAGUGGCUGAUCACCCGGCUUCCUUAGCAAAGGUGGUGAUGGCAGAGUUGGCCAACCUGAAGUUAAACAACGAGCCCUGGCCCGGAGGGACACACUCCCUGCACUACCACUACCUGUUCCUCUCGGAGCCAGGGCCUCGGCUCCCCCAGUUCCUGGCUGUUGGGUAUGUCGACGACCAGCCCUUCAUCCAGUUUGACAGUCAGGAGGACAAGGCCCGGCCGCAGGCCCCAUGGAUGGAAGCAGUGGGCAGCCAGUACUGGGAGACGGAGACCCAGAAGCAGAGGGCCUGGGCCAGACUGCAGCAGGUGGAGAUGUGGAGAGUGAUGGGCUACCAUAACCAGAGUGCAGGCACACAUAGCACUCAGCGCAUGUUUGGCUGUGAGAUCCACGACGACGGCACUUCCAGCAGCUUCUGGCACUUUGGCUACGAUGGGCAGGACCACCUGACACUGGACCUGGAGACUCUGAGCUGGGUGUCAGCACAGCCCGUGGCCCUGCAGACCAAGCGCAGGUGGGAGAUGGAACGCUGCUAUGCCGAAUACGACAAGGUGUACCUAGAGGGCCUCUGCCUCAGUUCGCUGCGCAGGUAUCUGGAGCUAGGAAGACACAGCCUCACCCGGAGAGAAGCGCCCACAGUGAAGGUGACGCGGAAAGUGGCCCAGGACGGGCGUGCCAGGCUGAAGUGCUGGGCCCUGGGUUUUUAUCCCCGGGACAUCUCGCUGAGCUGGUGGCUAGGUGAGGAGGCUCUGGUACAGGACACUGAGUAUGUGGAGACACGCCCCUGUGGGGACGGCACAUACCAGACAUGGGCAGCCUUGGACGUGCCAGAGGGAAAGGAAUCUUCUUACAGCUGUCUCGUGGAACACUCAAGCCUGAAUGACACACUAACUGUGGGAUGGGAGCCAUCCUCUCCCCAGGUCCCUGUGACCAUGGGGGUCCUCACUAGCCUGGUUGCCAUCUUGCUGGGCAUUGGAAUUCUGGUCUUGGCCAAGAAGUGUUGGCAAGCCAGAAACAAAGAUUCUUACCAGCAAGCUCAGGUAAUUGUGGAAUGA